AUGGAGACAGUGUACGAUGAGAUCGAGAUCGAGGAUUUCACCUACGACCCAAUAACAGGCUUGUUGCAGUACCCAUGUCCCUGUGGAGAUCGGUUUGCCAUCGCACUCGACGAUUUGAAGGAUGGCGAAGAUAUUGCUGUAUGUCCCAGUUGUUCGCUAAUGGUUCGAGUUAUUUUCGAGCCAGAGGAUCUCGAGGAGUUUGAUUAG